AUACAGGGUGAAAACCUGAUGGUUUUAGCAGAAGCAACUGUUGCUUUAGCAGAGAUGUUAGAACUGAAGGCGGAUUCCACGGGUCUGGUAGAGGGGACCGUAAUUGAGUCUCGCAAAGACAAAGGGAAAGGUCCAGUUACCACAGCUAUCAUCCAAAGAGGAACUCUGAGAAAAGGCUGUGUUCUAGUUGCCGGGAAAACGUGGGCAAAAGUACGCUUCAUGUUUGAUGAGAACGGCAAAGCCGUAGAUGCAGCCUCUCCAGGCAUCCCAGUGGAAAUCAUGGGCUGGAAGGAGGUCCCUUCGGCAGGAGAUGAAAUCCUUGAAGUAGAAUCUGAGCAAAGGGCGCAUGAAGUUGUGGCUUGGAGAACCUAUGUUGAACAACAGGAGAAGAUGAAAAGGGAUGUGGAAGUUAUUGAAGCAAAGCAAAAGGAACACAGGAUGGAAUAUGAGAAGAAGCAAAAGAAGCUAGCCCAUCUCACCUGGAGACAGAGGAAGGCAGUGCUGUACAAGGCUAAUAAGCAUCUAAUGUUUUCAAAGCCUAAAGAGAGAACAGAGAUUGACAAAAAUGUGCUAUCAGUAAUUGUUAAAGGUGAUGUGGAUGGAUCUGUUGAAGCUAUUCUGAACAUUCUGGACAGCUAUGAUGCUGACAGUGAAUGUAAAUUGGAUAUCAUUCAUUUUGGAAUGGGAGAUAUCAGCGAAACUGAUAUAACUCUUGCUGAAGCAUUUAAUGGUGUUGUAUUUGGAUUCAGUGUGAAAGCCAAUGAAAGUAUUAAACAGCUGGCUGCUAAAAAGGGAGUAAAAAUUAAGCUUCACAAUAUCAUCUACAAACUUAUUGAAGACUUGAAAGAUGAGUUAAAUAGCAGACUACCCCCAUCUGUGGUGGAGAAUACAAUAGGGGAAGCUUCUGUUCUCAACAUCUUCUCUGUAACAGUAGGAAAAAACAAAGUUCCAGUAGCUGGAUGCAGAGUACAGAAGGGGCUGCUAGACAAAAAAAUGAAAUUUAAGUUAAUCCGUAACAGGGAUGUUAUUUGGAAAGGAUCUUUAUCAUCACUGAAGCAUCAUAAAGAUGAUGUCCAGGUAAUAAAAAUGGGUAUGGAUUGCGGAUUGAGUUUGGACAAGUACAUAGAAUUCAAUAUUGGAGAUGAAAUUAUCUGUUAUGAAGAAAAAGAAGUUCAACAGACAACUUCCUGGGAUCCAGGAUUUUAAAAUGCGUUUGAAUACAUUAACGCAAAAGGACAUGUAUUAUUCCUAGCGGGCCUUCAACUCUUAACAUUAAAUGAACUUUCAGAG